AUGUCUUCACUCUACGCAUUACAAAACGACGCACCAGUUUACACACUCGCCGAGGGAUGCCCCGUCCAGGACCCUUCGGCUGCCACUGUCCUCAGAGGUUCCAAGCCUCGCGGAAGAGCCCCCUCUCUACUCGAAGACACCCGGUUGAUCGAAACCCUCGCACACUUCCCCCGAGAACGCAUCCCGGAACGUGUCGUCCACGCCAAGGCAGCCGGUGCUUGGGGAGAGUUUGAGUGCACCGAAGAUGUCUCCGACUUUACGUCCGUCAACUUCCUCAACAAGAAGGGCUCUUCGGAUACGGUUCGCGAUAUCCGCGGUUUCGCCCUCAAGUUCUUCACCGAGGAGGGCAACUGGGAUUUUGUCGGCAAUGACCUGCCCGUCUUCUUCAUCCGCGACCCCGUCAAGUUCCCCAGUCUCAACCGAUCCCACAAGCGUCAUCCCCAGACCAACGUGCCCGACUCGACCAUGUUCUGGGAUUUCCACAACAACAACCAAGAAGGUGUUCACUGCUUGAUGCAGCUCUUUGGCGGCCACGGCAUUCCCGUCUCUCUCCGCAACGUCAACGGCUUUGGCAACCACACCUACAAGUUCGGCAAGUCUGAGGACGGCACCUUCAAGUACGUCAAGAUUCACUUUAAGCCCCAAGACGGCAUUAAGAAUCUCGAGUCCGACGAAGCCCUCCGCCUGGCCGGCGAAGAACCUGAUUACCACAUCAAGGACAUGUACAACACCAUCGAGCUUGGCGACUACCCUGUCUGGACCAUGUACUUCCAGGUCAUGGAUCCCAAGGAUGCCGAAACCUACCGGUACAACAUCUUUGACAUCACGCAGACUUGGCCGCAGCGGGAUUACCCUCUCCGACCCAUCGGCAAACUCACGCUUAACAAGAACCCGGAGAACCACUUCCAGGAUGUCGAGCAAGCUGCCUUUUCCCCUUCCACUAUGGUUCCUGGCAUUGGCCCUAGCGCAGACCCCAUGCUCCAGGCUAGAAUGUUCUCCUACCCCGAUGCCGCCCACUACCGUGUCGGUCCCAACUAUCAGCAACUCCCCUGCAACCGCGCCUUGCACGUGUACUCCCCGUACCAGCGUGACGGACCCAUGCGGGUAGACGGUAACUACGGCGGCGACCCGGAUUACGUUUGGUCCUCCUUCCGCUCCAUGCGCCUUGGCCCCAUGCGCCUUGGCCCUCCUGAUGUCGCUCACGACGAAUGGGCCGAGCUGUGGAAGAUCUUCAAGGAGACCGGGGAGGACAAGCGGUUUGCCAAAAACGUGGCGGCGCAUGUGGGUAAGGCAUUGCCCGAGGUGCAGAAGAAAACCGUCGAGAUGUUCAGCAGGGUUGAUAAGGAGGUGGGAGAGGCUAUCCAAAGGGAAUUGGAUGAGCUUGAGAAGCAGGGAGGUGCUGGUAUUGAGCAUGACAAGGCGCCAGUGACGGGGUAG